CUUUCAACCUGCACGCCCCCUUUUGUUCUUGUCUUGCAUUAGCUGUAGCAGACACCGGCUUGCAAAAGUAAUUUCUGUCCAAAUCACAGGUCAAAAUCAAUCAAAAAUGACAAAGACGGCUAUUGUCCUGCUGGCCGAAGGUGCUGAAGAGAUGGAAUUUGUUACUCCAGUGGACGUCCUCAGACGAGCAGGCGUUCAUGUGACGGUCGCCGGCAUUGCAGGAAGCGCCCCUGUCAAGUGCAGCAGGGACAUUUCUGUGGUCCCGGACGAAGCCCUUGAGAGUGCUGUCGCCAAAGGACCUUUUGAUGCUGUGAUCUUGCCUGGUGGUCUGAAAGGCUCACAGAAUCUAGCUGAGUCUGCAGCAGUUGGUGCUUUGGUCAAGCAGCAGGAGGCAGAAGGUCGAAUUGUGGCAGCUAUUUGUGCUGCUCCAACUGCACUGAAGCAACACGGCGUUGGCAAAGGCAAGAAAGUCACUUCCUACCCCUCAACUCAGGCCGAAAUGGAGAAAGGCGGUGACUAUACCUACCUGCAAGACCGAGUUGUUGUUGAUGGAAACUUGAUUACUAGUCGUGGUCCCGGCACUGCAUUGGAAUUUGCUUUGGCUAUCACCGAGGCCUUGGUUGGUAAAGAGCAGGCGGACAGUUUGGCUAACGGAAUGCUUCUGAAGCAAUAAGCUAUAAUUGUGAGAGGCUAACUAAGGUAAUUUUUGUUAUGGGAUGUUAUAAUUCUCACAAAUUGUCAUAUAAUUCUGCAAUCGGAAAAAUAUGUCUUAAGAAUCUCUAUAAAUUCCCAAUUUUUAUUAAUGCAGCUAUGAGAAAAUUGAGAUUCAAAAUGGAACGACAAUGUUAAAAAAUGU